CAAGUGCUAUUAUUUUCUUGGGAUGGGAAAGUUGGGGCCUUUGAUCUCAGUGGCUCUGUUAUUGUUUCUGUGGUGCUGCCAUGCCGUUGUGGAAGGGCUGGGUGUGAAUUGGGGAACGCAAGCAACGCACAAGUUGCCACCGGACACGGUGGUGCAGAUGCUGAAGGACAAUGGGAUUCAGAAGGUGAAGCUGUUCGAUGCAGAAGAAUCAACAAUGAGUGCUCUUGCUGGCACUGGAAUCGAGGUCAUGGUUGCCAUACCUAACAUCCAGCUUGCUGAUAUGAAUGACAAUGAUAAAGCCAAACAGUGGGUUAAGAAGAGUGUUACAAAGUACAACUUCAAUGGCGGUGUUAACAUCAAGUAUGUAGCUGUUGGGAACGAGCCAUUUUUGAAAUCAUACAAUAAUUCAUUCUUGAAUGUCACAUUCCCUGCACUACAAAACAUUCAAAAUGCACUUAAUGAAGCUGGUGUUGGAGAUAAGAUUAAGGCUACAGUGCCCUUAAAUGCUGAUGUUUAUGAGUCUCCGGCUAACAAUCCUGUUCCGUCUUCUGGAACAUUCCGGGCUGAUAUCAAUGACCUAAUGACCCAGAUAGUAGCAUUCCUCAGCAAGAACGGUGCACCAUUUACAGUGAACAUUUACCCUUUCUUGAGUCUCUAUGGGCAUGACGAUUUCCCUUUUGAUUAUGCCUUCUUUGAUGGUGUCACCAACCCCAUAAAUGAUAACGGGACUCCGUACACCAAUGUCUUCGAUGCGAAUUUUGAUACCCUUGUUGCCGCUCUCAGCAAAGCAGGGUACGGAGACCUGCCCAUAAUUGUUGGAGAAGUUGGAUGGCCUACUGACGGCGACAAGAACGCCAACACGCGCAAUGCUUUGAGGUUCUACAAUGGACUCCUGCCAAGGCUUGCAGCCAACAAAGGGACACCCCGCCGCCCUGGAUACAUCGAAGUCUAUCUGUUCGGGCUCCUUGAUGAGAAUGGAAAGAGCAUUCAGCCAGGAAACUUCGAGCGUCACUGGGGGAUUUUCGGGUAUGAUGGGCAGCCUAAGUUCCCGAUGGACCUUUCCGGCCAGAAUCAGAACAAGAUGCUCAUUGGUGCAAAAAAUGUAAAGUACCUCGAACAAGAAUGGUGCAUGUUUAAUCCUAAUGCUAAAGAUCUCAGCAAACUCGGGGAAAGUAUCACUUAUGCCUGCACCGAUGGGGAUUGCACUGCACUUGGCUAUGGAUCUUCAUGCAACAAUUUGGAUGCUAAUGGGAAUGCUUCAUAUGCAUUUAACAUGUAUUUUCAGAUGCAAAAUCAGAACCUUCAAGCCUGCAAUUUUGGAGGUUUGGCGAAGCUUUCAUUGACGAACAUUUCAACCGAUACCUGCAAUUUUCCCAUUCAGAUAAAGUCUUCAUCACCACCCUCUUUGAUGGUUCCCUCUCUCUUGGCUUCUUUAUUGGUUGCUUUACCGGUGGUUCUGUUUAUGUAGUUUUGUUGUACAUACAUUAGGGUGUGAUUCAACAUGUGAGGAAAAAAAUUGAUGGUGAGAGAGAUAUCAUACAUAACAUAACCAAAUGAUUUGAUAUUUUUCACAUGAUAACCAAAAGAAUUCUGUA